AGUCGCAAACCCACCUAUUAUAUUCAACGUUACUGCUAAAUUGUUCACUAAAAAUUCCCAAGUCUAGGGGUUAGUUAACGGAUAAGGAACUUAAUUGGAAGCGGUGGAAUUGGAGGAAAAUCUUCGAACAACCGUUUUUUUUUCUUUCUUUUUUUACAAGAUUGGCAUUUCUUUUUCAAUCUUGAUUUGAACAAGUUGCAUCUAGUUACAUACUUGCAGUGUCUACCUAGGGUACUUCCUAUUUUGUACCUACUACUUACAGUCUUACACUUGUAUCUCGUGUCGCCCCCCCCUUUUUUCCACAUUACCCUAUCAAAUAACUGCCCCUAUACGGCAUUGAUCCUCGCAUUUGUCUAGUUUUAGACUUUUAUUUCAUCUUGUAACUUGUUCAUUCAACUUUUCGCCGUUUCGACGUUUCACUCGUUCUGCCUUUUCCACAAACCAUUUUCAUUCUUCUUUUUCCCUUAUUCCAUUCCUUUCCCUUUAUUUAUUCACUUCGCCUUUUCUUCAAUUACCCCAGAAAAUACUGGGGAAUGCUUUGCAUGUCAAGGUUAUGAGGAGAACAUCAGUCUCUUUGCCUACUAAGCAAGUCCACCACGACCCUCACGAAAAACCAGCGCGUUACGACUCGGGCCACCGAGAACCCGGCAUCGUGGAGAAAUUACAAACCGCCACCAUGAACCAGGCCCAGAAGACGCGAUGGGUCAAGACCACGGCCAUCGUUGUUUUCCUGGUGUUCCUGUUCUACUACUUUUCGCCUAAAGGCGUCGAAGUUUAUAACGGUGUAUCGCAUACCGGAGGCCAAGUCCCCUCGGACUCAUCGUACGGAACUGACCGAUGUACAAAAUCGUUUUCUAAGGAUAAACCAAUUGUACAAUAUGUUAGCAUGAUCGACGCUGGCAGCACUGGAUCUCGAAUCCACGUCUAUAAGUUCAACAACUGCGGCCCGACCCCAGAGCUCGAGAAGGAAGAUUUCAAGAUGACCGAGAAGAGCGUUGGUGGUCUUAGCAAGUAUAAGGACGACCCUAUUGCUGCCGCGAAGACCUUGGACGAUCUUAUGGCCGUCGCUAUGUCUAGCAUCCCCGACAAGUUGAAGGGUUGCUCCCCUAUCGCUGUCAAGGCAACUGCUGGUCUACGAAUGAUCGGAAUCGAAGCUAGUAAGAAGAUUUUGGACACCGUUCGUGAGCACCUCGAAAAGGAUUACCCGUUCCCCGUCGUUUCGAAGGAGGAGAAUGGUGUUGCGAUCAUGGACGGUGCCGAUGAGGGUGUGUAUGCUUGGAUCACAACCAACUACCUCCUUGGCAAAAUUGGGUUCCCUGAGCAGAGCCCCACCGCCGCUGUUUUUGAUCUCGGUGGUGGCUCUACGCAGAUUGUCUUCGAGCCUACGUUUAAGGGACUUUCCUCGGGUGGCAUGCCAGAAAAGCUAGCUGAGGGCGACCACAAAUACAAUCUCUCAUUCGGUGGGCGCAAGUUUGAAUUGUAUCAGCACUCUCACCUGGGCUAUGGUUUAAUGGCUGCCCGCAACGCGAUCCACCUGAGUGUGUUGAACGACAUCUACCAGGAGGAGAAGGACACGGCCUUUUUGAAGAAGCCAAUCCUGAACCACCCUUGCAUCAACGCAGGCCAAAGUGAUAUGAUCAAGGUGCAGCUGGAUGAAGACAGCCCUCUCGGCAGCGGCGAAAUCAAGCUAAACAUGUCCGGCCCGGCCACCCCGGCGCCAGCGCAGUGUCGCGCACUUGCCGAGCGCAUUUUGUACAAGGAUGCAGACUGCACACUGGCACCAUGUUCAUUCAAUGGUGUGCACCAGCCAUCUCUGGCCAGGACUUUUGCGACUGAGGAUGUGUACAUCUUCUCGUACUUCUUCGACCGAACCAAGCCCCUGGGAAUGCCAGACUCAUUCACGCUACGCGAGCUCCACGACCUCACGAACUCAGUUUGUGGCGGUGAGGAGACCUGGGGCAUCUUCAGCAAGGUUCCCAAGGCCCUCGAUGAGCUACGCAAGCGCGGGGAGUACUGCCUCGAUCUCAAUUUCAUGAUGGGCUUGCUACAUAGUGGAUAUGAGAUGCCGAUUGAUCGCGAGGUCAGGAUCGCCAAGAAGAUUAAGGGGAAUGAGCUGGGCUGGUGUCUAGGAGCUAGUCUACCCCUAUUAGCCAAGAACUCUGGCUGGUCCUGCAAACUCACGCAGUCUUAUUAAUCUGCAUAAUAACCCAUCAACAUAUGCUAAACACUAAAGUGUUACCUUUGGUCCCCGGCGGGAAAGGGGAAGGAUAUGCAUAUGGUAUAGCCAGGUCCACACUAAUUCUCCUCCACAUCAAAUAAUCCACAUGCCGCAUAGAAAAAACCACCUACCAACUUAAUGGAAUGAAAGGGGAAGCACACGGAACAAUUAUAACCAACAAUAACAACAAACUUGGCGGGUGAUGGUGAUGGUGGUGGUAGGGGGACCGGUUGUUUGUCCCAAAUGAAAAAAGGCCGGCGUUAUUCGGAUCAUGACGACCAAAACAGGGUCGUAUGUAAAAUGGUGGAGUGGGAAACACCAUGAAAUGAAAAUGGCCGCCUCCCUUCCUCCCUCCGUCCUGAGAAGAUGAGAGGGGGGUAAGAGGCGAAUAACAAUCAAGGCCGUUAUAUAAGAUAGGAUGGGUAGGCAGGUGGUCUACCUAGCCUACCUAACCUUUAUUAGAGAUACAUAGGUCGUACGUAAUGCAAUGCACCGAAAAGAAAAAGACUCAUACCAAG